AUUGGAGGGAAGCUUAGUCUCAAUUCCAAGGUUGAACAAGGUCGACGAUGAAUCGCAGGGUCGAAGCCGAGGUUCUUUCAGAUGUUCUUGGGAGUAUACUUAAUAAGCGCAUGAGCGGCAGCACACCUAAUUCUAAACUCAAGCGAAUCAGGAAGUAUAUAGAUCAAGAGAGAUUAAUCUACGCGUUUCAAAUAGAUCAACCAGAAGAAGAGAAACCAGAGGAAGUUAAACCAACAGAAGAUAAUCUAGAAGGAGCAAAAAUGGUUGAAAGAACCUUGAAGGAGAUGGCAGCCCCAAAUACGGGAGAUGAUCCUCUCUGCAUUGUGUUUCUAGAGCUGGAGAAACCCCUCAAACUGAAUUCAGGUUUCCUUAAUCUUCUUCCCAAAUACUAUGGGAAGUCAGGUGAGAAUCCUUAUCGACAUUUAAAAGAGUUUAAGGUUGUUUGUUCUUCUAUGAAUCUUGAAGGAGUCGAACAAGAUCAUAUUAGAUUGCAUGCUUUUCCUUUUUCUUUGCAAGAUUUGGCUAAAGAUUGGUUGUAUGAUCUUCCUGCUGGAUCAAUUACGACUUGGAAUGUUAUGGCAUCAACUUUUCUAGGAAAGUACUUUCCAGCAAGUCUAAUUGGAUCCAUCAGGAAGGAGAUAUGUGGCAUUAGGCAAAACGAUAAUGAGUCCUUGUAUGAAUAUUGGGAACGUUUUAAGAGAUUGUGUUCCUCAUGUCCCCAACAUCAGAUUAGUGACCAACUAUUAAUUCAGUACUUUUAUGAAGGCCUAUGUUCGAGUGGGGGGACAUUAGUGGAUAAAACACCAACCCAAGCUAGGGCUUUAUUUUCUAAUAUGGCACAAAACACCCAACAACAUGGUUCUAGAAAUGAUGUUAAAAGAGUAAAUGGAGUUGAUUUAAGUGGUAUUCAAAAUCAAUUACAAGAAAAUGCUCAACAAAUUGCUACUUUAACUACUCUUGUGUCUAAAAUUGUUGCUAGUAAUGAGUCUAAAGUUAGAGUGUGUGGAAUUUGUUGUAAUGAGUCUCAUCCUACUGAUAAAUGUCCUGAAUUGCAAUCUGAAGAUGUGAAUGCUAUAGGUGGUUAUUCUGGUCAAAGAAAAUAUGAUCCUUACUCACAGACUUAUAAUGAAGGUUGGAAAGACCACCCUAACCUAAGGUAUGGAAAUAGACCACAACUUCCACAAUCUAAUCAACCAAGGCAAUAUGGUCAACAAAAUCCACCACCCCAAUCUGGUCCUUCACUAGAAGAUUUAGUUAAGCAACUAACAAAUCAAAUAGGGCAAGUCCAUAACCAAGGUGUUGAGUAUCAAAAGAAAACUAACACGCACCUUCAUCACAUAGACACUCAAAUAGGUCAGAUUUGCACUUCUCUAUGUAAUCUUGAAACUCAACUUUCAGGUAAACUUCCAUCACAAACAAUCCCUAAUCCCAAUGGUCAUGUUAAAGCUGUCACACUUAGGAGUGGUAAAGUGUUAACUGAACCUAAAAUGAAAAGUCGUGAAGUUGAAAAAGAGAUAGAAGUCAAUCCUAAAGUUGGAUCAAGGGAAAGAGUGGAAAGUGAGGGUACUGUGAAGGAGAGUGAAAACGAAAAGGAAGGGGAGAGUAAAACUGAAUCUGAUUUUGUUGUUUCUCGUUUUAAAGAUUUGCCUCCUUUCCCUUCUCGAUUUGCUAAAGCUAAGAAAGAGAGUCUUGACAAUGAAAUUCUAGAAACUUUUAGGAAAAUUGAAGUCAAUAUUCCCCUUCUUGAUGCUAUUAAACAGGUACCUCGUUAUGCAAAGUUUCUUAAGGAACUUUGUACUAACAAAAGGCAUUUUCGCCCUUCUGAAAAGGUAAGUAUGGGGGAAAAUAUUUCAGCUAUUAUCCAAAAGAAGCUUCCCCUUAAGUGUAAGGAUCCUGGCAUGUUUCGUAUUCCUUGCAAAAUUGGUGAUUCUAAGUUUGAAAGUGGAAUAAAGGAUUUUGGUACUGAUAAAACUUUCAAAGUAAAUGGUCACAGAUUGAAGCCAUUCUAUGAUCAAGCUUAUGUGCAUAUGAUCGAAGAUGUCACGUUUGAGGAAAUCUGA